UCAUACUCAUUCGUAGUCACUACAGCUCUCUGAGUGCUAUUUGAACCGUUGGCAGUACCACUCAGCCAUUAGCAUAACCAGACGAGGUAGCAGCAUAUCCACAGAGAAGAAUGAGCCACUUUACAAACUUCUGGGCAUCAGUUCCUCAAGGGCCACCAGACCCCAUUCUCGGUGUGUCUGAGGCGUUCGCAAAAGACCAGUCGUCCAAUAAGAUCAAUGUUGGAGUCGGCGCAUACCGAGAUGAGAAUGGAAAGCCAUACGUUCUCGAAUCUGUCAGCAAGGCCGAGGAUAUCCUUCACCAAAAGCGAUCAAACAAAGAGUAUCUCCCCAUCACGGGAGAGGCCGACUUUGUCAAACUCGCCAGUGAACUUGCCUACGGCAAAGACUGCAAGGCUCUCCAAGAUGGAAGGAUCGCCGUUUCUCAAUCCAUCUCUGGAACGGGUGCUUUGAGAAUCGCCACCGGUUUCUUGUCCAUGUUCUACAGCGGUCCUAGGGUCGUCUACUUACCGAACCCGACCUGGGGAAACCACAUUCCUGUAGUUGAACAAACUGGAAUGCGAGUCGCGCGAUACCGGUACUUUGACAAGAAGACGGUCGGACUUGACUUUGAUGGAAUGAAGGAGGACAUCAAGGCUGCAGAACAAGGAUCUAUCAUCCUACUCCACGCUUGCGCUCAGAAUCCCACUGGUAUCGACCCUACACAGGAUCAAUGGAAGGAGCUAUGCGAAAUUACAAAGGCGAAGAAGCAUUUGGUUCUCUUUGAUAUGGCGUACCAAGGAUUCGCCUCAGGGGACAUCAUCCGCGAUGCCUUUGCCGUGAGAUACUUUGUGGAGCAGGGACACCAGAUUCUUCUCGCUCAGUCAUUCGCCAAGAACCUGGGUCUUUACGGCGAGCGAAUCGGAACCUUCUCCAUGGUCUGCACAAACAAGGAGGAGAAGGAUCGAAUCCAGUCCCAGGUCAAGCGAGUCAUUCGACCCUUGUACUCCAGUCCUCCCCUGCACGGUGCACAACUCGUGGCCACAAUCUUGGGCUCACCGGAGCUCUACGAACAAUGGCUGGGUGAGGUCAAAAAAAUGGCCGAUCGAAUCAUUGCGAUGAGAGAGCGGCUGUAUGAUUUGUUGGUUGAAUUUAAAACCCCUGGAGAAUGGGGUCACAUCAAGUCACAGAUUGGAAUGUUCUCCUUCACCGGAUUGACUCCCGAACAAGUUGACGCGUUGAAAGACCACGCUCACGUCUACAUGACUCGAGAUGGACGUAUCUCUAUGGCUGGCCUCAACGAGGGCAAUAUUCAAUACUUUGCUGAGAGCGUUUCAAAAGCAGUAAAGGGCGAGCUGCAGAGCAAGUCGUCGCUCUGAAGCUAUGCAUAGACAAUCAGAGGGUCUCGUUAGAUGGGAGGAAAUGCAUUCGAUUGAUAACCAUAAA